UCACUAACGUCACGUGUCAAUACAAAUAUGGCCGCUCUCUUGGAGACGUACGAGCAACAGUACGCUGUUCUUACCGCUGAUAUAACCUCGAAAAUCGGCCGGAUUCCCAAUUUGACAGGCUGAGUUGCGGUCGAAAAAUGGCUUCGAAAUUUUCAAAUUGCAGUCCUGAUUUGUGCGAGAUGACUCCAGAGCAGCUGCUGGAAUGCAGCCUUGCUGAAAUUCAAAGCAAGUGCGGCCUGUCACUCGCCCGGUGCCGGCAGCUGCAACGAGAGGCGGCGGCCAAAGUGUUGACCGAGCAAUUCCUGCCCUCAAGCGAGCUGCCUCCUUUAAGCACGCUCACAACCGGCUGUCCCAAAAUUGACGCAUUACUGGGUGGUGGAAUUCGGAAUAGAGGCAUCAGCGAGCUGUCCGGUGCCAGUGCGUGUGGCAAAACCCAGUUUUGCCUCAAGCUUUGUUUGACAUGUCAGUGGCCCAAGAGCUUUGGUGGUUUCGAUUCGGGUGCCUUGUACAUCAGCACUGAGGGCAAGUUCCCUUCAAAAAGGCUGAACCAAAUGUCCUCAAAGAUCGCUGAGAGACAAGACUUGCCGCAAGAGAUCACACGCCUAGCCUACUCGGACAAUGUUUACGUUCGCCAGCUGACGGAGAAAGAGGAUUUGAUGAAAUGUCUGUCAGAAUGUACAGCUCUAAUGAAAUCUCGUCCUGUGCGAUUGAUUAUUAUCGAUUCCGUCGCUGGGAUUUUUCGCACCGACCUGGAAGCCGGGGCAGGAGAAAGGGCGAAGUCUUUCAGAGCAGUGGUCCGCCAGCUGGAGGUUUUGUCCGAGCGAUUUGAUGCAGCUGUCCUCUGCGUGAACCAAGUGUCUGACGUGCCUUCAGAAAGUGGGACCAGCCAAUUAGCACCUGCUCUGGGCCUCAGUUGGGCCAAUCUGCUCAGGACAAGACUGUGGAUGAGCAAAAUUGAGAACAGGAGGCUUUUCGAGGUGGUUUUUUCGCCUGAAGUGCAGUGUGGGGUGAAAUUGGAAUACAAAAUCUCAGACGAUGGACUGAAUGGAGUGCAAUGAGGAUUAAAUUGGAUAUAUUUUUCGGCUCUAUAAUAAAUUGAAUUGACUAAACAUAAUGUAUUUUAUAAUACUCUCCCAGUUUAAUUUUUAAAAUAAAUCAUUGUGUAAUUAUUUCAUCUUUUUAACCUAAUUAUUUCUAUUUGGUCUU